AUGUUGGUAUUGCUCGGUUCUCAACCAGUGGUACACGUACCACAAGGAUACCCGUUAGUAUUACAAAUCUAUACAAGAAGACUCAGAUGGUACACGAGUGAAAAAAGGUUGAGAACCUUAACGAAAAAGAUUAAUAAAUUAUAUAUUGCUGGAUACUCAGUAUCACUCGUUGCUCUGUUGAUAUCGCUUGCAAUUUUCUUUUAUUUUCCUUCACUUCAGUGCAUUCGUAUUACCAUUCACAAGAAUCUGUUUUUCUCAUUUAUCAUGAACAACAUGACAUGGAUCAUAUGGUAUACCGAAGUGGUUCAACACGUAGAAGUUUUGGAAGCAAAUAAUAUAGGAUGCCAAAUUUUGCAUAUAGUUGUGCAUUAUUUUCUUGUGUGCAACUAUUUCUGGAUGUUCUGCGAGGGAUUACAUUUGCAUACAUUGAUGGUCUUCGCUUUUGUACAAGAAAAUAAAAUAUUCAAAUGGUUCUGUGUUAUUGGAUGGGUUUUACCGCUGAUAUUAAUUACUAUAUACAGCUCGGUCAGAGCAUCUAUAUCUAAGGAAGCAGUUUAUUGCUGGAUAGAAGAAAGUCCGACAUUCUAUAUAAUAACAGUACCGGUGUGUAUAUCAAUGCUG